GUUGAUGCUACGCUCUGACCGGUACCUUCCAUAGUGUCAACAGACCGAGCACACUCUAACCUCAAACCCCAAAACCUCACGUGUAACCUUAAAAUUAAGAUAAUAGAUCACAAAUGCUCAAGCACUAUUGAAGGGGUUUAUUUGUGCACCAGUGAAUUGUUUGGUAGAAUCAUGUCAGGUUCGAUCCUAGGAAGGUGCUCGUCGAUGUGCCCUGAUAAGGAACGACGUUUUCGGGAAAAAGAAGGAUUAUUACAUCCAUUUGAAAUUGUUGAAUCCCAAAAGAAUGUGAAGAAACCUGAAGCUGACCCUCAGAAGAUCAUAAAAUGUUACAGUAGAUCAGGCGCCGGGAAGUCAAUGGUACAUGACUUGACCCAGCUGAGGCCAGGGCCAGUUCUGCUUUCUACCCUUAGAUACCUAUUUACUCAGAUUGUCACAAGAUCAGACGUAGAUUGGGCAGUUAUAUAUAAUUUUGUAUUCGAUCGUCUGAGGGCAGUCAGACAAGAUUUGAUUAUUCAGAGACUCGACGUCUCCACGACUAUCAAGAUUUUGGAGCCAAUCGUCAGGUUUCAUGUUUAUGCUGCACAAAGAUUAUGCGACAGAAGUCUUGAGGAUUUCGUUCCGAAAUUCAACAAUCAGCACUUGUUAGAAUGCAUCAAAGAACUUCUCGUCAAGUACGAUGAACGAGAUCUCGAGUCGAGCAAUUUAUUCUGUAGUAACAGAGCACAAAUCGAAACGCUGUAUCUUUUACUGUACCUGGGGGAGUCUGCGACUAUAGAAAGAGCAUUGAAACUUCCAGCAGAGUACAGGAAGUCCCCCACUAUGAAAAUGGCGGUGAAGAUAUCCCUCGCCUGGUACGUCAGGAAUUAUGUGCAAGUAUGUCGUGCAAUUGUAAAGCUACCACCUCUAUUAGCAAUGGCAGCAAUGAUCAAUUUGCCACGAAUAAGACGUGACACUCUCCAAGUCAUGAGUUCUGCAUACAAUAGUACUCAGCUGUGCUACUCUGGAGAGGAUCUCAGGAAACUUUUGCUGUACAAGAGUACGGAACAAUUGCACGCGGAAUGCAGGAAUUUCGGGCUGGACAUCAUCAAUGAGAAUAUUUGUUUCCAGAAAUGCAAAUUCAAGGUGCAUGAGAGAGAGGGAAAGCUCCAGAAAGCCUUUCCCGACGAAAUGCUGCACUUAUUUUUACCUAAGAUCAUUCUCAACUAGACGAACUUGAGAUCAAAGGGAUGAAGGGAGUAGUAAAUACAAGAACAGAUCCUAUUUUACACCAAGCCAGUGAGACUGAUAUUUAUUGAGAGUCACUGGAUGAACUGCUGGACGAAUCAGUCGACAUAACUUCAACAUCCUCAUUCUCCUGCUUAUGAGUGUUCAUGGCAACACUUCCCUGUCCACCCAUUGACAUGUGGAUCUCCCCAGAGGGAUGCCAGGCGAAUUGAUUUGCUGAUGAUGCUGGUGGCUCUGAAAAGGUUUUGAAAGUAGAUAUUUUUUGUUAUCAGUAAAAAUUUAAUGUAAAAGAUUCUUAAUGCAUGAUAAACGAAGGCGAUUUC